AUGCCGUCACCUAUCCGAGCAAAGCACUUGGUGCCAGGUGAUAAGAUUGCGUUCAUAUCACCUUCAGAACGAAUUAACAGCACCCUCCCAGCCGUUGUAGACAGAGCCAGUGCCGUUCUCUCAACAAAAGGCUUUCAAGUUCAAACAUUAUUCAACGACGUCGAGGGAAUUCAGUCGUGUAUUGAGAACCGACUGUCCGAAAUUCGCGCAGCUUUCUCAGACCCGAGUAUCUCUGCCGUUAUCACCACCAUUGGAGGCACAACAUUCACAGAACUUCUUCCUGCUCUGAUCGCCGACAAAGACCUUCAUGAGGCAAUCCGUGCCAACCCCAAAGUCGUGGUUGGAUACUCGGAUAUCACUGGCUUGCAUUGGUUCUUAUACGCCAUGACAGGCCUGCGCACAUUCUAUGGCCCCGGUGCUGUUCCCGAAAUCGGUGAACCUAACGAUAUCAACGAUAAAAAUACACCGCUCCAUUUCUGUGUGGAUAAUCUACUGCGCGCGAUCUCAUCACCCGAGCCGCUUGGCCAGCUUCCACGGUCACCGUACUACGCACCAAGAGGGGCACCUUUCUUCCAGGAUCCAACAUCAACAGAGCCUCCAGCGGUUGUCAGGACAAGCGAAUGGCAGUGGCUGAGACCUGGAAAGGCUCAGGGCAGGUUAUUUGGAGGGUGUCUUACUGUCGUUGCACGUUUGGGUGGCAUCUCGGCCAUCGUCCCCGACUGGCGCGGCCGGAUUGUUUUUCUGGAGACGGCCACAAACGAAGACGGUUCCGGUGGGAAUCCUCCUCACAGGGUCCAGGCGGCAUUUGCAGACUUGAUCGCCCAAGGUGUGUUUGAGGAGGCUGCGGGCCUAGUUGUAGGAAGACCAUACGGUUAUGAUUCGGAUGAGGACAGGCAGACUUAUGCUGAUAUCAUCACGGGUCUUUUGUGCGAGGGGCGACUUGCGUCAAAGAAGUUCCCGAUUCUGUUUAAUAUAGAUAUAGGGCACACAGUGCCGAUGUUGACAUUGCCCUACGAUGCCUUGGCUGAGCUUGAUUCUGAGAAUGGCACUUUUACAGUACUGGAACCCGGAGUUGAGUGA